GAUUCAUAUCAACCUGUGUUUUCCCAAGUUCUUUUCAAGUAUCAGACCAUGGUGUGUGACAGCGUAAUCGAUUUAGGCCUCAGUCUUAGAACCAUACAACAUGAGCCUUACCACACAUCAGGCCAAAGUGUGGGAGAAUAUCGAGAAGUUACAGAUGAGCUAAAGUCCAACCGUGGCGAGUUUCUGCAGAAGAAGCACGAAGCCAGAAAUGGAAGAUGUGGUAAAGAAUGUUGGAGUAAUGAAGGAGGGAGAAAGAAGUGGGGUUAUGUAAAGGUCACCAUGGAUGGGUUUGUGGUAGGUCGUAAGGUAUGUGUUCUUGAUCAUGGAGGGCAUUCAACUCUUGCUCAUCAACUAGAGGAUAUGUUUGGGAUGCAGAGUGUAACGGGAUUGAGGUUGUUCGAGAGAGAAUCAGAGUUCUCUUUGGUGUACAAAGACAAAGAAGGCACUUGGAGGAAUGCUGAGGAUGUUUCAUGGAAGGAGUUGGUAGAAAACGUGGAGCGGCUGAGAAUCACAAGAAGAAACGAUUUUCUACUUUUCUUUUAAGCUCAAAAACUUUGACGAUCCUCUCAUCUUCCUUUACUCUUUGCUCUAAUGUCCAUAUCAGCUCCUUCCUGGUUCUUGCUUUUUGAAUCUUGUCUUGCCAACCAAAAUAAAAGUUAAUGUCGAUCGAAGUAUA